CUUUCUGCAACGUAACAUCUCCGAGUUGUCGGCUCUCUAUGUCAAUUCGAAAAAUUUGUGACAGUGCAGUGUGUUGUCGACGCCCAGUUGCUUGUGAAUGUUUCAGUUAAGUUUCGUAUAUUACAUUCAUCGUUGCGAUACGUUUCUCGUUGGAUUAAAUCUUGAAAACUACCAUUGGAUCCAUUCGUCUACGUAUCCGGAUAAUAUCGCUUCGGAAGAUAAACUUCUGUAUUUCAUGGAAUAUUUAAAAUGGCGAUCUGAAAAAACAAUAAUUUCGAAGAAGACCUAUGUGUAAUACCAUUGACUCGCGUUGAGGUUCGACGAACGCGUCUCUUGUUUCUUAUCCAAAGAUACUGUUUCACAAGUUUCGGGGGAACGAGGCUUUCGACUAACAAUCGGUGAUUACGUCCCUUUAUUCGGAGAGGACACGACAGAGACGUUCCGGGACGUAAUUGGACGUGACUGGAUGUAAUGGGACGCGACAUGACCUGACAAAACUCGUGGGACUAGACAAGACCGGACGCAAAUGGAACGGAACAAGACAGAAAUUCAGCCACGCCGUUGACAAGUAAUCUCGUAGUGAUCCAAGUAAAACGAAAAAAAUGCAAACAAUCAAGUGCGUUGUAGUUGGAGACGGUGCAGUAGGUAAAACUUGUCUGUUGAUUUCGUACACUACCAACAAAUUCCCAUCUGAAUAUGUUCCAACAGUGUUUGACAAUUAUGCGGUUACGGUUAUGAUCGGCGGUGAACCAUAUACAUUAGGAUUGUUUGAUACAGCUGGACAGGAGGAUUACGAUCGUUUGCGUCCUUUGAGUUAUCCUCAAACUGACGUAUUUCUUGUAUGUUUUUCCGUUGUAUCCCCGUCGUCUUUCGAGAAUGUUAAAGAGAAGUGGGUUCCAGAGAUAACUCAUCAUUGUCAGAAAACUCCGUUCUUAUUGGUGGGUACUCAAAUUGAUUUGCGAGAUGAUGCUCCAACUAUUGAGAAACUCGCAAAAAAUAAACAAAAGCCCAUAUCAGCGGAGCAAGGUGAAAAACUUGCGAAAGAAUUGAAAGCAGUAAAAUACGUUGAAUGCAGUGCACUUACGCAGAAAGGCUUGAAAAACGUCUUCGACGAAGCGAUUCUGGCCGCUUUGGAACCUCCGGAACCGGUUAGAAGAAGACGAUGUAUCUUGUUGUAGAGCGCAACCAACGUCAUUUUGAAAAUUUAUUAGCGCUAUACAGCGAAAAACUGUGAAUCGUUCAUUAUAAGGUGCAUGCAAGAACUUUUCCGACGAUCAGUUGUUCAGAAGUAUGAGCGAGUAUCGGUAGGGUACUGGUCCCUAUUAAUGUGCCAUUAAACCGACUUGCUCAUCCAAAUGAAAUAAUGAAUUCUUUGGCUUUUGUUUCGUCGACUAUAAAUUUACGCUCUUUUCAAAUCUUCUUUUUCCUCUUCAUUAAAGUAUUCUCUUCAAUUGCAAAUGUUAAUUUUUCAUAAUUUUUUCAUUGAAAUAAAAAUGAACUUUUUCGUCCUAUUUAAUGUGCCGUUACAAGUGAUUUGUACAUAUUAAUGCUCCUUUAAAUAGUAAUGUGCCUACUUACGACUAUGCGCCAUAAACUGAAAUUCUAUUUCCACGUUUAAACUUACGUCCAGACUUCAAACAUUUCCGGGAACUUGUAUUUUUCUUUAACAUAGGUGUUUUCUUAUGCAAUUCUAUUAGAAUUCUUUCAUUACGAAAACAAAACAUGUAAGAAUUAUUUUCGUUGUAACGGUGACGCUUUAACCAUUUUAAACCCGGAAAGGUUAGGUUUCACGUUUACAAAAGAACCGGUAGUAUUAUUUUGCUGAAUGUUUUCGACAAAGAUACUCGGAUAAAUAGGACAUAAGAGUGUACGUUUAAAAUAAUGUGUACUGUACUCGAACUCUUUGAAAAUGCAAUAUUCUUCUUUAUUAGGCGUAUAUUAAUAGUUUCGCUUAAUUAAGAUCCAACACCUUUUUUAACAAUAUAAACGUAUAUCGGCAGAAACAGGCUCGUUAGUAUAGACCAGUACUCUACGAUCUGUCGAUUGUUUCCGAUGCAUUCGAUACCUGUCCGAUUCAAACGAAAAAUUUGCAUAAACAAAAGUAAAAACAGAUUUUGUUCAUGCACCGGAGGUUUAUGCGUAUAAGUAUUUACGUACAUACGUAUCCAUCCGAGGAUUCGUUCGUUGAAAUGAUACCGUCGAGAUGAUCGAUCCGCUGACUUGAACCGAUUUUUUUCGGUGAGCACGAAUAUACUUUGACCGUGAUACGAAAAAAUCGGUGUGUUAUCAUCAGAAAUUGCGUAUUAAAAGAACUCUACAAAAUAUUCGAUUACUUAAUGUAUAAGAAAUUUUUAUGGAUAAAUUGGUAGUGUGAAUUCUUUAAUAAAUCAGUUUUGAACACA